UUUAUUUUCGAUAUAAGCUGUCAGUGAUGUUGUCCAUAUGGAAAGUAAAGAUUAUUAUUAAAUUUUUUAGUUUAUAAUUUGAUAAUAGCAGAACAAUAGCAAAUAACUAAAAUGGCUGAUUGGGAAGAAGUAAAACGACUAGCUGCAGAUUUCCAAAAAGUCCAGCUUAGUUCUACCACACAAAAAUUAUCAGAAAGAAAUUGUGUAGAGAUUGUUUCGUGGCUAAUAGAUAGAAAAUUAAUAGAUUUAAUAUUUACCACUGAUGGGAAAGAAUAUAUUACGGCUUCCCAUCUUAUAACAAAUAUACAAGACGAACUGUAUAUUGCCGGAGGGCGUAUAAACCUUGUCGAAUUAGCUAAAAUUAUUGGAGUAGAUUUAACUCACAUCAAUAAUCACCUUAACGAGGUUUUAAAGAAUCGCAAAGAUAUUCAUAACAUUUUAGGUCAGUUAAUUGAUUCGAGUUACGUUGAUAGGAUUGCCGGAGAAAUCAAUGAAAAACUACAACAAAACGGGCAAAUCAGUGUGGGCGAUUUGACCCUUUCAUACGAUUUACCUGCAGAUUUUUUACAACAUCAAGUAGUAGAGAAACAUCUUGGUAAACUAAUUUUUGGACAACAGGACAAAAACGAUGCUAAAGUAUUUUUUACUGAGGGUUUUGUUGCGAGAAGCAAAGCACAACUUCGAGGGGCUUUGGUCGGUUUAACUAGACCCACAUCUGUUGCCUCUAUUUUGAAUCAAAUUGGACUCAGUGAAAAGCUGUUUUUUUCACUGUUUGAUCAAAGUUGUAUGUAUGGAAUUUUAAGUAGCAGAUUGCCAGGGGCUCAGUAUAUUCCUAAUUGUUAUUUAAGAUCUCAAGUUGAAUGGGUAAAUAAUUUUUACAAACAAAAUGGAUAUCUGGAAUAUGAUUCCUUAACUAGAAUAGGUAUAAACGAUUAUAAAACCUUUUUAAAGAAACAACUACCCAAUGAAGAACUAUUUUACCUUGCGAGUGUAGUGGUUUUGAAGAGAAUUCUAGACAGAAUUGAAGCAGAUAUCGAAGAGUGUGUUUCAAGCAAAACAUACGUAGACUUGCAGAGCAAUUUACCUUCAAGUUUCACUUCAAAAGAUAUAUCAAUUCUUUUAGAAAAGUUGUUGUCUGGACAAAAUAAACAGCAAACUAUAGUUAUAGAAGAUUUUGUAAUCAGCAAAUCUUUUCUGGAAAGCCUUUCUAGUAAAUGUGAAGAGCUUGUGAAAGAAAAGGCUAAAAGUGUAGUGGAAUCAGGCAAAUACCAAAAACAUAUUAUUGAAAUUCAAGGUUCUCAAACUAAGUCGCACAGAUCAGACGAUUUCGAAGAAAAAGUUGACAAAAAAGAAGAAAGGCGUAAGAAAGCUGCCGGUGGUAAAAGCGGUGGGGGGACUCAAGGACGCGAGACUAAAACAAAAUCCACGAAGAAGCACUUUCGUGGAGGUAACAAGAAUGAAGAUGAGGAUGAUGAAGUUGCUCCGAGCGAAUCAAAAAAACAGUUUGAGGUAGUGAACGAGUCCGAGAUUCGGGAAAUUCUCCAAGGAUAUUUGGAGGAAGAGGGUGUUGAUGUUUUAACUGACCCUCUGACUACCUACUUAACACCGAAAUUAAACGAGCAGGGACUUCAAAUAGCCGCCGAAAUUUUCCAAACCACCGUGGCCGAUCGUACAGCCAGCAGAAAACAGACUCAUAACGAGCUGCAGACGAAGCUGAACGCUCUGAUCAGUGACGUGAGACUGUUCGAAAAAGGCCUGAAGCUGUUGCCUGCAGAUAUUCAACCGCAGUUGGUGAAAUACCUUCUGAAAACUGUGUGUACUGACGUGGCCACGGAGAUUUUGAGUUAUGUAGCAGGGGAGACGAUGUCUAGUAGCGUUCCCGAGAACUUCAAUAACGAUCAGCGUUUGAAGUUUGUCAAUGAGCUAUCGCCCGAGUUUAAAGUUCCGUUGUUGCCAUUGGUUAAAUCGCUUACAGGUCAAAGCAUCGACGAAUUUAUGUCAGCGGCGGAGACCGCGCUGGCAGCCUGCAGCAUGAUAAUAAAGAAAGUGGACAAGAAGAAAGAUCGCGUUACUGUACUAAACCACAAGCACGAACUUCUGGAAAAGUUGAACCACUGCGAUGACCUGGCACUGGUGCUUCACUUGGCCACUCUCAUCAUAUUUACUACUACCACGCAAUGUAUGCUGCACGCCAGUGGUCGGCAUAUAUCUACCGUUUUGACUUAUUUGAAAUCUUCACUCGCUGAAGAUCAGUAUACGGAAUUAAUGUCUUAUCAUGAUUUUGUCACCUUGAUGUUAAGCAACGGAUCAGAAGCAGAAAGCGCUAAAGUAAAACUAAAGGAAAAAGUCCAGACCGUGAAAAAUAUUGCAAAUGAGUUCAAGAAAGUUAGUACGGAAAAAACAUGAUAAAAGUUGAAGUGUGGGGGUAAAGAUAAGAAAUGUAAAUGGUGUUUGUGUUUGUAAAAUGUAAAAAUUAAUUAUAACGGCUCAUUCUGUUUUCAAGUGUAAAAUAAUUAUGUAAUAUAGUGUUUAUUAAACGUU